GUUUAAGUUCCAAACUGGAGCUCGACCCGUCGUGCGACACGUCUUCCAUUUUCCCUUCUUCGACUUCUUGCAAAAAGCAUCGAAGAAGUUAUCAACCCGGUUUCUUUUCCGUGUGAUACUUGUCUUCCCAUCACAUAAUAGUAAUUGUAUACUUUUCACAUUGUUCAUAUUUGCUGGGUGUUAGACCUUUGAUCUAUGGAUGGUUCUCUCAUCAUAAGUUGAUUUCAACCAAGAAAAAGAAAAGAAAAAAACAUGGCUCAAGCCAGUAUCGCACGAGAACCCAUAGCCCUAGGCUAUCAACCAGGCGCUCAGAACGGCGCGCUGUCAUCUGCUGAUCUCGACGAGAUUAGUCAAUAUCAGAAGGUUAUCAACUUUCGAGAUACCAUAGUAUCUGGAAAACAUCCCCGUAUCAAAGUCGCUAAGCCGAUCACUCCUCAGCAUUCUGCCUCGCUGGCGAGAGAUCGUGUCACGACUUCAUCAUCUGCACUGCCUUUGCAAAAUGCACCUAACCUCAACUCUUUCCAGGUGGACAAUAUGCAGUCUUUCAAGACAAACCUGCUGCAGCCUGCUGUCGCCGUAGCUUCGACAGGUUCUAAUGCUUUUAUUCCAGGUGUCUCAAGACCACUAGAUUCUGCUAGGGUGGAUACCAACUCCCUCUCGCAACAGGCAGUCGACUAUAUUGCUAAGGCAGAACUUCAGAUGCAAAGGUUAAAAAUCGAACAGGAGCUCAAAGAGGAAUUCGAGAAUCGAAAGGCUCUGGCGAAGACUCCUUUGCAACCUUCUGAGCAGCCAGCUGAUCUAGAUCUCUCUGAUAUUUUAGCAAAGGCACUAACUCUCGUACAAGCUACUGCUCCUCCGCCUAGUUCCAAUACUCUUAAUGGUGGUAUUGUUUCCGAUUCGAGUGACUCCUUCGACGAUAACACAUUUUAUUCCAGUCCAUUUGAGACGCCUGACUCUCGUGCCUCGCCUCUCGCCUCGCCUUUCGCCUCACCUCGAGUUCAGAAUCCAAUCCGACAGGAUGUCCAAAUGCAAGAUACGUCGGCCACGACAUCUCAACAAACCCAAUUUGCUCCUCAGCCUGCCCAUCCUCCGGCGUCGUCCUCGUACCAGACAGAUAUCAAUCGUAGCACACAGCCCAUCCAAACUGCGAGUAGUUCCCGCCCACCUCAGCCGAAUGCUAGUAGCCUAGCCACGUCUAUGCAAGAACGCGCAGCCUAUAACAGUUCCAAAACUAGUCGCGAAGGAGAUAUGAUGGUACAUACCCACCAGGCACGUCAGGUAGAUGCACAAGUCAUCAGUUCAGAUAGCGGUGCUGCUAGUAGAUCCGAUAACUCUGGCAAUACAGAUUCGGACCAACCUGCUGACUUCGGCCGUAUCCAGAACCCUCACCAGUUGCUUCCCAGUGCUCACUUCAGACAGCAAGCGUCACCUGUGGUUCGCGCUCACGACCUCUCGCCCUUCGCGCCCCAGCCUGCUCACGUCUCACCGUUAGCAGUAGCUAGGAGGCCUCCUAUACCUGAGCCGGAAAUUAGCAUUUUAUCAGGUGCACCGGCCCAAGUGACUGCCCUACGCCAGGAGCAUACCGUCGUCGUCACAAGCCCAGAGAGCUCUCCCCAGGGAGAAAAAGGAGGCAAGAAAAAGAAUAAAAAGAAGAAUAAGAGAAAGGCUGAAACGAGAGCGCCAGAUGCCCCGGGUUCCCCUUACAUCAAACCCGAACCUCGAUCGCCUUCACCUCUGUCUGCGCCUCAGCUUGUCCGUCCUCAAAAACGACCACGACCUGAUGCUAGACCUGGCCAAGAGCCGGUGUAUGAUGAGCUGCGAAUCGAACGGCCGGUAUCUGUGCUACAUCGUGACCAAUAUCCUGCUCCUGUUACCCACGUACCGGCUGAGAGACCCCCGUAUGGAUUCGAAAGGGUGGAUGAUCCGUCUGCAAGGCAACUGCGUCAGUCCGUAGCCCCAGCAAGUCAAAGGUUAGAUCGUGGUGUGUACGAAGAACGGCGCCCGGACGGGACGAUCGUGCAGUACAUCCAGCGAGUCCAGUCACCUUACGGCUACCCGCCUCCCUACGCUGCUGUGGAAUCGCGUUCUCUACGCUCCGCGAGUUACUCAGUAAACCCUCCCUACCGGGAUGUUCCUACUUAUCAACGUGAUGGACGAAUGAGUGUACGGCCUUAUGCUGAUCGUGCUAGAUCACGUUCACCCGUCGUUGUAGAGAGACGAUCGCCUACCAUGGCACCUCCCGCUCCCCCACCUCGUGUUUUAGUUGAUCAGUAUGGUCGCGAGUAUUUUGAUCCGCCCCGUCCCAGCGCCGUCACUCGUCAUUCAGUCGUGCCACCCCCAAGAUCGAGCGAGCGUGAGGUAAUCUAUGAAAGAGUGCCUCUCCGUGCUCCGUCCCGUAUGGCCGGGGAGACGUUUGAGGAGGAUGGAAUCAUUUACAGACGUGCAUCACCCACAUUUGCCUCUCGACGUGUCAUUACGCAGCCAGAGUAUGGCGUUGAUUACAGAAGCCAUCGGGAGCGCGACUAUUCUAUACAGCCUAUGGGAGCACCCAACCAAGAAUAUGUUUCAGCCCGAGGAGUGCCAGCGGGGCGGGGUCUCGAUGAGAUAUCAAGGGACUAUUUACCUAGAGCUACAAGUGUCCGACCACCGGAGGCUGUACCGUAUUACAACAGAGUCGAGGCCGUACGACCUGAGGUCCCGUCUAGGCGGUAUGCUGCGAGCGUUCACCCUGAGGUAAGAAGGGACGUGGCGUCUGCAGUCGUCCGUGAGUUCGGUGCGAGACCGGUGGAACGUGAUUUGCCCAGACGCGAGUUUAGUAUCCAACCGGUAGAGCGUUAUUAUGAUAGACCACCUCACCAGGAGGAAGAGGUCACCUAUAUUGAGCGGCCCCGAGCAGCUCAGCAGGAGAUCAUUUAUGCCGACAAUAGUCGAAGGCAAGUCUACCAAUAAAUGCAUUCCAGAUGCUGGAGAUGGUAUACGGACGAGCCCGGUCUUACAGGUGAAAUUAAAGAAAGUCAUGUCAUUGGAAGGGGAGACCCCUUCGGAUUCUGAGGGUUUUUACAAUUGAUAAUGGGAGGAAUUAAGGUCGGACCUGUCAUGAUUCUCGGUAUUAUACUAUAAUAGCAGUACAAAGAUCUGCUUGGCGUUAGCAUCAAGGGUAUUUUACGAAUUUUGGAGCUGAUUCGGGAGGCGUGGCUUGGAAUGGGUGGUAGCAUGCAGAACUCCUCCACAGAAGCAGGCUUUCAGCAGGUAACCAAGUGCUUAUGUGCAUGGACUGUAUAUAAUACUAGGCGGCCUUUACCAGAGAAGAUCCAAUAUGUUCUGUAUUCCGUUAGUUCAGUAAUGCGGUGCAUGCUUUAUCCUCCAUUUUAGAUGGAUAGGAGCUCUGAUUUGCAUAAGCGAGGAAGACAGGUGCAUGUGGUGCUACGAUU